AUGGCUUUGGUAAAGAUACCUUGUUCUUUGGGGUAUACUGUACCGGAAGAGAAGAAACCUUUCAUCGAACCUCCUCUAGUAAUUGUGCCACCUUGUGAUCCUUGGCCAAGACCAUAUUAUUUCGAGGAUGGUUUAAGACGCGUAGCGCCAUAUCACUUCACCUACAACACAUACUGUAAGCAGCGAUGGCGAGGACGAGAGCUAUUAGAGAUUUUUGCCGAAGAGUUUAGGGAUCGCCCUCUUGAGUACUAUAAAGAUGCUAUUGAAAAAGGAGCCGUCGUUGUCAAUGGAAAGGCAGUCGAGUCAACAGCAUACAUUGUGAAGAAUGGAGAUAUGAUAUCUCAUACCUUACAUCGCCAUGAACCACCGGUAACUGCUCUUCCAAUUUCAAUUCUACAUGAAGAUGAUGAUAUGAUUGUCAUUAAUAAGCCAUCCGGUAUUCCGGUUCAUCCUGCCGGUCGUUACAACUAUAACUCUGUUGUCGAAAUCUUACGAGCUGAACGUGGUCAUCAAUGGAACCCACUACCUUGCAAUAGACUCGAUAGAUUGACAAGUGGGGUGAUGUUCAUUGGGAAGCACGCCAAGGCUGCCGAAAAUCUAAGCCUACAAAUAACUGAACGAACAGUCCGCAAGGAGUAUAUAGCUCGAGUUAAGGGCAACUUUCCCCCAGGAGAAGUUAUCUGCGAUCAGCCAAUUCUUCAGAUAUCUCCUAAAUUAGGCUUAAAUAGGGUUCGAGCAAACGGAAAAUCUGCGCGAACAGCUUUCAAAAAGCUUGCAUAUUACUCUCCCUCUAGGCAUGGAAGUUCUCACAAUGGAUCCCUUGAAAAUCAAGAGGGAUACUCCAUUGUCCGAUGCUUACCAGUCACCGGCCGAACCCACCAGAUCCGUGUUCAUCUUCAGUUUCUUGGCUACCCGAUAGUUAAUGAUCCAAUCUACGGUAACCAGCGCGUUUGGGGGACAGAUCUUGGUGCGAAUGAUGCAGAUGCUUCAAUAAAUACCGAUGAAGAUAUUAUCACUCGUCUCUCACGAAUGGGUAAAUCUGAAGUUGCAAGUGCUGUUGCCUACCAUGAUGAAAUGGUGGACGCAUAUAACAAAAAAAAGGCAGAAAAACUGAGUGGCCAGCUGUGUGAGACUUGUCAGACACCGCUUUACACUGAUCCUGGAGAACAAGAGCUUAUAUUGUGGCUGCAUAGUCUGCGAUACGAAGAUGCUAGAGGUGCUUGGAAGUAUGUUAGCCCCCUUCCAGACUGGGCCUUACCACCCACCGGUCUAGAUGGACCUAGAGAAGUCGGUGGUGUGGAUGAGCUCGUUGAGGAUGUGGAGGGGCUUCUUGAACGACUAGAAGUUUGA